GGGGGAUACAGAUACAUCACAGAAACGGUGAGGGGCGCUGGAGUGAGACGGGGGGAUACAGAGCUACAUCACAGAAACGAAUCGCCAUGAAAUAAAGAACGGCAGCAUUCUGCGCCUGGCAACGGCUCCGAGCCGAGAGGCAGAGAAUCUCUACACUGGCAUCCAGAGUGGAAACUACGACGUUCGCUUUGAGUCGCUGAAGGGGCUGGCUGUCCUCUCCAAGGACAUCACCUUUGCCCAGGAGUUCAUCAGUAGGGAUGGGAUCGCUGUGCUGGUCCGCAUUGUGGAGAACGGCAAUGACACUGGUGAGAGCUUGGCCCACACUCUGAACGCAUUCAUAGAGUUAAUGGAACACGGCGUCGUCUCCUGGGAAACACUCACCCCUGUUUUCAUUAAGAAGAUUGCAGGCUUUGUGAACAAGUCUGCCAUGGACGCAUCAAUUCAGCAGUUGUCCCUGGCCUGCCUGGAGAGUAUGGUUCUCAGCAGCAGUUACCUGUUUCAGCUGGUGAAGAACGAGGUGACCCUGGACAGGCUGAUCUCGCACCUACAAGUAACGAACCAGAUGAUCCAGACUAAGGCAAUGGCGCUGAUCAUAGCCCUGCUACUGAGUUCUAACGAGGAAGAGAGGAAGGUAACAAUGGAGUUUCUCAAUAAAAGAAACCUGAGGCAGUAUGUUUUCAAGAACAUUAUCCUGAGUUCUUCCACAAUGAGAGAUGAAAUGGCCCACUACCUGUAUGUCCUGCAGUCUGUUUCCCUCAACCUCUUGGAGCCCAGGAUGAGAAUUCCAAUGGACCCCUACAAUCAGGAGCAGAGGGAUAUGAUACACAGUCUGCGCCAAGCAGCCUUUGAGUCUGACGCAGACGCAUCCUCUGGGAACUUCAAUACGGACCGGCGAAAAUCUUUGUACUCCAGGGAGUUCAAGAGGCUCGGCUUCCCUAACAAUGCCAAUCCCUCACUAGACUUCAGCCGAACUCCUCCUGGACUCCUGCCUCUAGAUAACAUGAUCUACUUUGCUUCCCACCAUUCUGACGCCUACAGUCGGUUUGUUCUGGAGAACAGCAGCCGAGAAGACAAGCAUGAAUGUCCCUUUGGUCGUGGGAGUAUUCAGCUCACCAGCAUUCUCUGUGAGAUACUGAAGAUUGGAGACCCACCAUCGGAAACAGGGCAGGACUUCUACCCCAUGUUCUUUGCCCAGGACAGGGUUUUCGAAGAAUUCUUCUGUAUUUGCAUCCAGCUAUUGAACAAGACCUGGAAGGAGAUGCGGGCCACACAAGAAGAUUUUGAUAAGGUUAUGCAGGUGGUACGAGAGCAGAUCACACGGACACUGGCGACCAAGCCCACCUCCCUCGAGCUGUUUCGCAACAAGGUCAAUGCCCUGAACUACAGUGAAAUUCUCAAAUUACGUCAAACAGAGAGAAUGCAUCAGGAAGAGACUCUGGCGCCACCAGUCCUGGAGCUGAGAGAAAGAUUGAAACCAGAGCUGAUGGAAUUGAUCAAACAGCAGCGCCUCAAUCGUCUGUGUGACGGGACACUCUUCCGCAAGAUCAGCAGCCGCCGGCGUCAAGACAAGCUUUGGUACUGUCGCCUGUCACCCAACCACAAGGUCCUUCACUACGGAGACGUGGAAGAAGGAGUGGAGAACCCAGCCAUCGAGUACCUGCAGGAGAAGAUUCCUGUGGCAGACAUUAAAGCCCUGGUGACUGGGAAGGACUGCCCCCACAUGAAGGAGAAGAGCACGAUGAAACAGAACCGGGAGGUGUUGGAUCUAGCCUUCUCCAUCCUGUACGAUGCAGAGGACUACUCACUGAACUUCAUUGCUCCGAGCAAAUAUGAUUUCUGCCUCUGGACUGAUGGCUUGAAUGUUCUGCUGGGCAAAGAACUGAACAGCGAGCAGACCAAGAGCGAGCUGGAAAUCCUGCUGUCCAUGGAGAUCAAACUGCGCCUUUUGGACCUGGAGAACAUCUCCAUCCCAGAUGUUGCUCCCCCAAUACCCAGUGUGCCCAGUAAUUACAACUUCUGCUAUGACUUCAGCCAUACUGACCACUGAAGGCCUCAGAAUGGCUUCACAUUAACACAUGCCGGCACUUCCUCACUGUUAUCAUGAUAGGAGAUGGUGGAGGAUUGUAGAAUUGAAAUGGGUUUUAUAUGACGCAUGUACAGAAAGAGUUUUAUACCCAGGCAGUGAUUCAAAAUUAUUUUUCUGUGCAAUAUUGGAAAAGGUACCUGCAAUAAAAGGCAACGCUCCAUGUCUGAGCUGGUAAUGGCUAAUGCAAUAGGCAACCCAUUGCAUUCAGGCCAGCAGAACUGGGUGAUCCUUGGAGAAAGGGGGAAAGGAGUAAAGUAUUCUGUAAAAUUGUGACAAGCAGAAAAUAUUUAGUUGUCUGAUGUCAGCUGUGGAGAGCAAAAAAGGAGGAUCGUUUGGUUAGAUGACCUCCAAACUCAAAGAACUCAUCAGCUUGCAAUGAUAACCUUGUGUUUUUCACACCAUUAUUGUUGCACGAGUUGGAAGAGAGGUUGGACACAGAAUGGUUUGCUGUUGCCAAAUAAUUUGAUUAAUGGUGGGGUGGGGGGAGUAAAUGGGCAAAAGUUUGUGAUCUGUGAAUUUGAUAAUUAAACUAUGAUCUCAGGUGGAUGAUAGUGCUGGAGAAAUGCAGCAGUUGGUUGAUCUUGUCGGAUGCUGUGACGCUGAUUAGUUUUGUGUUAUGUGAGGUACUGCGAUAGGCAGAGCCAGAUUUCAGUUAUUUCCCUUCUGACAAGAAAACGUAACACAACAUUCCAAGACGUGCAACUAGGCUUUGUUAAGUUAAUCACUAUUGAUUAAGGUCUGCAUUUGUUGAUCAUGUGUUUGGGCUUAACCAAUUCUGGCAGAAGUCAGGGCUGAGGGCUGGGGUACUGGAACAGCAACAAGGGUGCUUGGGUAAAGAGGAGGUAAAAAGUUAUAAAGUUCUCAGAGUGAAAUGUAAACAGAGUGUUGGAAAUACUCAACAGGACAGGCAGCAUGUGUGGAAAGAGAAACAGAGUCAAUGUUUCAGGACCUGAAACAUUGACUCUGUUGCUCCCUGUACAGUUGCUGCCUGACCUGCUGAAUAUUUCUAGCAAUUUAAACUUCAUCUUCUGAUUUCUAGCUUUUGCUGUAUUUAGCUAGAAUUCACCAAAAGAACAAAGCCUGGUCAAAAUCUGCAAGAAAGUGUUUAUUUUCACGUUGAUUUUAAGCUGGUUCCAACACUUAUGCUAAAAUCUGUCAGGAGUUGGGUGUUUACUACUGUGCUGUGACUCUAAUAUUAAUGUCAGACUUACAGAAUUAAAUUCAGCAGUGUACCUCUAAUGUAGAAAGCGCUUUUAAAUCUGUCCAUUCUUGUCCCUGAAUCAAUGGUGCUGAGGACAUAGGUCUGCUGUAGGACGGGUUUAGUCUGCUCUGAGGCAUAACUUGGGCCAAGAUAAAAGCUUUACUGUAACUGCACUGAGCUGCAAGUAGAUUAUUCAGCUGUCCAAACCAGGAAACCUUGGGUUUUAUCCUAGGUUUUGUGGUCUGUUUGCUGGACAAGCACUGGCUUGUGCUUGGGCACCACGGUAGUGUAGCAGUUAGCAGAACACUAUUACAGCUCGGGAUGUUUUGGAGUUCAAUUCUGGUGCCGUUCUGUCAGGAGUCUCUGUAUGUCCUUCCUGUGGAAUGUGUGGGCUUCCUUUGGGUCCUUCAGUUUCCUCCUACAGUCCAAAGACAUACCAGGUAGGUCAGUUGGUCAUUGUAAAUUGUACUGUGAUUAGGUUAGGGUUAAUUGGGUUUGACAGGGCAGCAUGGCUCAAAGGACCGAAAAGGUCUACUCUACGCUGUAUUGCUAAACAAACAAACAAACAAACAAUCAAAAGCUCCAGCCAGUUUCAUUCUCCAGUUAACUUUGGAGAAGGAAGAGUUUCUGCUUUUGAACUGUGAACCUUGGUGAUCUCUAUUGGUUGUGGGUGUGGGUGUGUGUGUGGGGGGGGGUGCCCCCACAGGAGAUAUUGGGUGAUAAGUCAUUUCCUAUGUCCUUCUGUUGUUGAAUAGCCAACCAAGACUAUUUUCAAAGGAUGCUAGAUAGCUGUCUGUGAACAUUUUGCUUUAGAAACAGCAAGAGUACAAACUGUUUUGUUCAAGGGACUAAAAUAGAGGACUUCAAAAUGUGCAGGGCUUGUAAUUUUUAAACCAAAGCCAUGCAUAUGAUCUCUUCAUGUUGUUGUUAAUCAUGUUUGUGAAAUGACUAAUCCAAGCAAUGAUGUCUACCACCCAUGGGAACAUAAGGACAGAUCUCUGACUUGCUUCCAUCUUUCACUUAAGGCACUUAUCUAUAUCCAUUUGUUCCACAUCCCUUGAUUUACUUACUUGUCAGUUUCAUUCUUGAUGGCUCCAGUUAUUCCUUAAAUUGUUCCACAUCCUUGUGAAAAUUUCAAAUUGUGGCUAAAAUUCUUUUUGUGGGAAGAAUAGUGGAGUGGAAAUAAUGCUCCCCCCCAUUUUCCCUCCAAAAGGUCCAGCUCUAAUUUCAAAGUUAUGCAACCAUCUUGAUUCCUAAUUCAAGUUUCUCUCUAGCUAGAUCAUCAAAUCCUUAAGAUGUUUGAAAUACCUCAGUCAGUGCACGUUCUUUUCCAGGGAAUACAAGCUGUCUACACAACUGACUGUAGAUCCUACUUUAACUAUGGUGAAACUAUUGCUGCUGUCCCUUAGGGAAUCACCUCUGACGUGGGAAGGGUAAAAUAUAGAGCUGUUGUUGGACAUACUGUAGGGCUCUCAAUGAUUAACAGGAGUGAUGUAUAAAGAAACAUAUAUUUCAGUAGCAUCUUUGUUAAUCUCAGCAUGUCUCAAAGGUACUAUACAGAACUGUGUCCACACUGUUGUGAUGUAGGAAACACAUCCACUAAGCCUACAGCAAACAGUGUGGUAAAUAAUCAGGCUGUUGUUUUAGUAACAUUGUUAGAAGAAAGUCACUGGAGAACUCUGUAAUGUAAUGGGAUCUGUAACUUUAUCGCCGGUACUCUCUCAUUACACAGUAUGUCAACCAAAAGCAUGCACCCUCGCAUUUGUGGCAUUUGAUACAAAGGUUUCUUGAUUAUAGGCUAAGUUAGCCUACAUAACCUACAUAUUCAUUUACAAGUGGUUACAAACUGUGGAUGUAACUUGACAAACCUGAGCCAUAUGUCAAACAUGGCGUGAAAUGCAAUUCUGUGUCAUUGCACUGUCAUUCCCUAGAGUAGAACUGACUACCUGUAGAACCAGUGGGCUGGGUCAAAGUCUGGUGUCCCAUUGCUCAGAGCCCACCAGGAACAAAAUAGAAACCUCACAUUUGGUUUCUGCACCUUGGCAUUAUUUCAGUGAUCAAAUAGCCUGCAAAGUUCUCUUCCUAGGUUCUGUAGGUGAGAAUAUAAAGGACAUAGCGAGGGUUAGGGCCCUCAGGAAAGUGACUACAGGAACAGAAUUAAGUUCAGAAUGAAGAAGCUGCACCCUAGCUCAAUAGUGUGCUGCUGUCUCAGUGAUAGGAGUCUGCUCAGUCAGCUGAUUCCAGCUUUUGGUUGCAUUGGUUCCAGCUGCUAUCAAUCACAGGGGUGCUGACAAUCUGUGUUCAGCCAGACAUACACUGGAUCAAACUUGAUUACUGCUAUUGACUCAUUAAUUUAUUUACAACACUAUUGCUUUGGGGUUUGUGCUAUUUUUGACUGUAUGUGUAUAUAAAGUCUCAACGUGUUUUGUAAGAAAAUCAUUUUUUCUGCUACUGAAAAUCAAUAGAUAUUCUAUGGCAUUAACCAACUGUUCUUGUCCUCAAUUUCAAAAUAAAAUUCAUUGCUCUGCUA